AUGUCUGGGGAAGUGCGUUUGAAAAAGCUGGAAAAACUGAUCCUGGAUGGUCCUGUCCAGGCUAAUGGACAGUGUUUUAGUGUGGAAAGUCUUCUGGAUGUUCUCAUCUGCAUUUAUGAUGAGUGCACCAACUCCCCACUGAGAAGAGAGAAAAAUGUUGCUGAGUUUUUGGAAUGGGCCAAACCGUUCACCUCUAAAGUGAAACAGAUGCGAUUGCACAAGGAGGACUUCGAGAUACUGAAGGUCAUUGGUCGAGGAGCUUUCGGCGAGGUAGCAGUUGUAAAGGUGAAAAGUUCAGACAAGGUGUUUGCCAUGAAGAUCCUCAACAAGUGGGAGAUGCUGAAACGAGCAGAGACAGCAUGUUUUCGGGAGGAACGGGAUGUGCUGGUGAACGGGGACAGUCAGUGGAUCACCACACUACACUACGCUUUUCAGGAUGACAACUUCCUGUACCUGGUGAUGGAUUACUAUGUGGGCGGUGACCUCUUGACUCUCCUCAGCAAGUUUGAGGAUCGUUUACCAGAGGACAUGGCCCGCUUCUACCUGGCGGAGAUGGUUCUGGCCAUCGAUUCUGUGCAUCAGCUCCAUUACGUCCACAGAGACAUUAAGCCAGAUAACAUCCUCAUAGAUGUGAACGGACAUAUUCGACUCGCAGAUUUCGGCUCCUGUCUGAAACUCACGGAGGAUGGAACGGUGCAGUCGUCUGUUGCUGUGGGCACGCCAGACUACAUCUCUCCUGAGAUCCUGCAGGCCAUGGAGGAUGGGAAAGGGAAAUAUGGCCCUGAAUGUGACUGGUGGUCACUGGGUGUUUGCAUGUAUGAAAUGCUCUAUGGGGAAACUCCUUUCUAUGCUGAGUCCCUGGUGGAAACCUAUGGCAAGAUUAUGAACCACAAGGAACGGUUCCAGUUUCCUGCUCAAAUGACGGACGUGUCUGAAAAUGCCAAAGAUCUGAUCCGCAGACUCAUCUGCUGCAGAGAGCACAGGCUAGGGCAGAACGGCAUCGAGGACUUCAAACAACACCCCUUCUUCUCUGGCAUUGACUGGCAGAACAUCCGCAACUGUGACGCCCCCUACAUCCCUGAAGUCAGCAGCCCGUCUGACACAUCAAACUUUGACGUGGACGACGACUGCCUCAAGAACACGGAGACGAUGCCACCUCCUUCCCACACCGCUUUUUCAGGACACCAUCUCCCAUUUGUUGGAUUCACCUACACCAGCAACUGUACACUCUCUGAUCGGGGUUGCCUGCGUGAGUCUGCGGCUCCAGCACAGAUGGAUGUUUGUGUUCAGCGCGGCCUGGAGGACAGUCUGGCCACUGAGGCGUACGAGAGGAGGAUUCGCCGUCUGGAGCAGGAGAAACUGGAGCUCGGUCGCAAGCUACAAGAGUCCACAAAAGCGGUACAGGCUCUGCAGUAUUCCAGCUCGGAUGGGCCUGUUUCCUCCAACAGAGAGUUUGAGAUCCGCGGACUGAAGGAGGAGAUAGAAAUGCUAAAAAAACAGAUUGCAGAUACAGGACAGGUGGAGCAGCAGCUGGAACAAGCCAUUUCUGCACGCAGUGAUAUGGAGGACUCCUCCAAACAGAUCCGGUCUCUGGAAAAACAGCUCAAGAGCACAAAGCAGGAGAGAGAUGACCUGCAGAAGCGUCUGCAGGAGUCCUCAGACAAGCAGAAAGUUCAGGGGAAGGAGCUGAAGGAGGCCGACAGUCAGAGGAAAAUGGCCAUGCAGGAGUUUGCGGAGGUGAGCGAGAAAGUGACGGAGCUGAGGUCACUCAAACAGCGUCUGACCCGACAGCUACGGGACAAAGAGGAGGAGCUGGAUUCACUCAAUCAGAAGGUGGAGGCGCUUCGGCUGGAUGUGCGCAAAGCAGAGAGAGCCAAGAAAGAGAUGGAGGUCCAGGCUGAAGAGUGGUCUGCUGAGGCUCAGAAAGAGAAGAAGUUGAGGGAGCGCAGCGAGCAGUUCAGCAGACAGCUGGAAGAAGAGCUGGACAGCAUCAAGCAGAAGCAUGUGGGCCGCUCUCCAAGCACGGGGUCGUCUGAGCAGAACCAAGAGCUUAGUAAACUACGAGCAGACCUGGAAAAGAAGACGGUGCACUUCAAAGAAGAGCUUUCCCGCAUAGAACAGCAACAUGCCAAUGAACUGAAGAGCCUGAAGAAGGAACUGAAAGAGUCAGAGGGACAGCAGCUCAGCUUGAAGAAAGAGAUCAUGAUGCUUAAAGACAAGCUGGACAAGUCCCGCAGAGAGAGUCAUAGCGAACGAGACGAGCUUGAGUUUGAGCGAGUGCUGCUGUCUGAAGAAAACAAGAAACUGUCCAGUGAACUCGACAAGUUGAGCUGCAGUAACAAACAGCUGGAGGAGAAGAUUAGAGUACUGGCUGAUGAGAAAGAGAGCGUGGCUCACUGGGAGGCCCAAAUCACAGAAAUCAUUCAGUGGGUCAGUGAUGAGAAAGAUGCUCGAGGAUAUCUGCAGGCUUUGGCCACUAAGAUGACAGAGGAACUGGAAGGCCUGAAGAAUGCCAGUUUGGGUGCACGUGCCACUGACAUGCCAUGGAAGGUGAGACGUCUGGCCAAACUGGAUAUGUCUGCCCGUCUGGAACUGCAGUCUGCACUGGAUGCUGAGAUUAAAGCCAAACAAACCAUCCAGGAUGAGCUCAACAAAGUCAAGGCAUCCCAUAUGGCUACUGAGUGCAAACUGGAGGAGUCGGAAAAGCAAAACCAGGACCUGCAGGCAGAGAUCCAGAGGCUGAAACAAGAAACGGACAAUCUGCGCAUGUCUAAAGGUGUCAAGCACCAAGACUCCCAGAAUUCCUUCCUGGCAUUCCUCAAUGCUCCAACCUCAGCUCUGGAUCAGUUUGAUCGCUCCACUGCCAGUGGGCCGGCUGGUAAAGGCAGACGUAUUGAUUCCAUUGAUAACUUCAGCCUCUCCAACACACCGUCACGGGAGGAAGAUGGAAGAUCCCAGGCGACGUCCCACUCUCGCUCGCCCUCUACCACUAGCGACGUGGAGUCUCAUGAGCAGCCAAAAGCCCAUCAGUUUGUGGUGAAAACCUUCAACACACCUACUAAAUGUAACCAGUGUACGUCUCUGAUGGUGGGGAUCAUCCGUCAGGGCUGCACGUGUGAAGUCUGUAACUUCUCCUGUCAUGUGACGUGUGCGGAUAAAGCUCCCGCUGUGUGCCCGAUCCCACCAGAUCAAACCAAAGGACCGCUCGGCAUCGACCCUCAGAAGGGCAUCGGCACAGCAUAUGAGGGCCACGUAAAGGUGCCCAAACCUUUAGGCGUGAAAAAGGGAUGGCAGAGGGCCAUUGCUGUGGUCUGUGACUUCAAACUCUUCUUAUAUGAUCUCCCGGAAGGCAAAGCUGCUCAGCCUGGUGUCGUGGUGAACCAGGUCAUUGACAUGAGGGAUGAGGAAUUUUCUGUUAGCCCUGUUUUGGCGUCAGAUGUCAUUCAUGCAAACAGGAAGGAUAUUCCCUGUAUCUUCAGAGUGACAGCAUCACAGCUCUGCGCCUCCAGCAAUAAAAAAUGCUCCAUUUUGAUCCUGGCCGACAGCGAUCAGGAAAGAACAAAGUGGGUCGGCCUUUUGAAGGAGCUGCACCGGCUCUUGAAGAAAAGCAAACUGAAAGAACGCUUUGUUUACGUCCCUAAAGAAGCAUAUGACUGCGCACUGCCUCUCAUCAAAACCACACAGUCUGCUGCUAUUAUAGAUCAUGAGAGGAUUGCUCUGGGAAACGAGGAGGGGUUAUACGUUAUUCAUGUUACCAAAGAUGAAAUUAUCAAAGUAGGGGACAACAAAAAGGUUCAUCAAAUCGAACUGAUCCCAUCAGAGCAGUUGAUUGCUGUGAUAUCCGGCCGAAAUGGCCACGUGCGCUUAUACCCAAUGACGGCACUGGAUGAUCGCGAUGUCGAAUCCUACAAGAUAGCCGAAACCAAAGGCUGCCAAACUCUCCUUUCUGGCACAAUUAGACACGGAUCUCUCACCUGUCUCUUUGUGGCCAUGAAGAAACCCGACAAGGUGAUCGUCUACGAGCUCAACAAAAGCAAAGCGCGUCAUCGGAAGCUGCGGGAAAUCCUGGUCCCGGGAAGCGUGCAGUGGAUGGGGCUCCAGGGCGAGAAGCUUUGCGUUGGUUUUCAGUCUGGGUUUUUGCGCUACAGUCUUCAGGGCGAUGGAGGCACCAGCAGCCUCCUCCAUCCUGAUGAUCACACGCUGGGCUUCAUUGAGCAGCUCGGGCUUGACUCUCUGUGUGCUGUGGAGAUCUCCAGUAAAGAGCUGCUCUUGUGUUUUAGCAGUAUAGGCAUAUAUGUGGACUAUCAAGGCAGACGGUCACGACAGCAGGAGCUGAUGUGGCCGGCGACACCAACUGCAUGUCGUUAUAAUGCACCUUAUCUGUCAGUGUACAGUGAGAAUGCGGUAGAUGUAUUUGAUGUCAACACUAUGGAGUGGAUUCAAACAAUUCCUUUGAAAAAGGUCCAUCCACUGAACUCUGAUGGCUCUCUAAACCUGCUGGGGCUGGAGACUGUACGGCUCAUCUACUUCAAGAACAAGACAGCAGAGGGAGAUGAGCUGGUGGUGCCAGAGACAUCUGACAACAGUCGCAAACAGAUGGUGCGCAGUACGGCGAGCAAACGCCGCUUUUCUUUCCGCAUACCGGAGGAGGAGAGAGUUCUGCAGAGGAGGGAGAUGCUGAGAGACCCAGAAAUAAGGAAUAAGUUGAUUUCAAACCCAACUAACUUCAACCAUGUGGUUCAUAUGGGUCCGGGAGAUGGGAUCCAGAUCCUGAAAGAACUGCCAAUGGCUCCUCCUCUCAAAACGGCAGCGCACUGAGACAGGACUUUUCUGUCGGCAACUAUGGUUCCACCAAACGGCAGAUGACAUCACCAUCUGAUGGCUCUCUGUCAUCCGGAGGGGGCAUGGACUGCGGUGGUGAUGCCCCCCUCUCCCAGUUCGACAGAGAGUGGCCGGGAGUUUCACCCACAGAGAAGACCCCUGAUCUGAAAAGGGCUUUAAGGACCCUGCUUAGUAAGCUAAAGGAUUCAGAGUCUCCACGUCACUCCACAGCCUCCAACAGCUCAAACCUGAGCAGCCCCCCAAGCCCUUCAUCCCCACACAAGAGCAAGACCCAAUCUCUGGAGCGCGGCGAGCACCUCGGCUGGGGCACAUGAGCAACUCUGACCAGAAAUCACCAAAAAAUCAAGACGUCCAGCCAUCCUCUGGCUCCUUCUCUGCUACCAACAGAGUCACACAUUUAACCAAGACCAAGAGCCGACUCCUUAUAAAUCAUAUUCCCAAACAUGGCGCUGGGGGCCAGGUGUGUGUGUGUGUGUGUGUGUGUGUGUGUGAGAGUGACUGAGUGAGUGUGUUUGCGUGUAUUAGUGUGCAUAUGCAUAACACGUGUGAUUGCGAUAAACACGCAUAUUACUGUGCACCUUACAUCCCUUCACCACUGAUACUGUGUUGGAUGGAGAAACAGACCACUGAGUGUAGCUGAUCCACCAGGUGUGUGUUGCGGGUGGAGAAAAAGACAAAUAUAAAGCUUUAACGUGAGUUUAUCAGUGUGCCUGAUUUUACGUAUGUAUUCAGAAGUCUUAAUGGACCCCGUGGGAAUGUUACUUUAAAUGCAUAACACAAAAAAAUUACAGUCGUUAAGAAUCGUGGGAACUUUGAACUUAAACCUAAUAUGGAAACGCUAUUAUUAAGUUGCGCCCUGAUAAGAUAUAGCGCCCCCUGUCUGUGGCACUACUGUAUAACUCUGUAGCCUCUACCCUCCAGUGCCAUGCAGACCUUCACAUUCAGAGGUCAAGAAGAGAUUGUGAGUUCAAUAAUGUAAAUAGAGUUUUAGUAGAGUAUAAUAUAUUAUGGAAUCGUUAAACACUAUUUUGUUGAUGAUAAAUAAGUAUGGCUUUUUAAGAGAGAGAUUUCUUUCCUUUGGAUUUUUUUUUUUCGUGGCAAGGUUAUUGUCGGUUUAAGGAUUACUUUGUCAAGAUGCUUUUUUUGUUUCGUUAUUUCCACUGAAAUUGCUCAGAUUAAGAUUAGGAAAGGGAACACUACGCAAACUUGUGGGGCGUCAUUUGUGAAACACAAUAUUAAUUUUGUUUGUGUGUGUAAAUCAUUCGUAAGGCGUUCUUAUCUAAAUUUAUUCAUUGUACUGCAUAUGACAUUAGCUCGGAAUGAAGUCGUUCUUAAAAUUUAGAGCUGUGGCAAACAACAUUAUUCGAGAAAUCAUUUCUGAGAUUUUUAAAAUGCAUCGUCAUUUUCUCCUGAAUGGAUUCUGAGCUUAGGUUUUUCAUUCAUUCAUUCCCUUCGGCUUAGUUCCUUUAUUAAACAGGGGUUUGGGAUGGGAUGGGACUGACCCAUCAUGCCACCCAGCUUAGGUUUUUAUUUUUUUAUUGAAGGAAAAGAAAACCUUCACACAUAAAAACAGUAAACAUUGCAGUUUCCUUCUUUCUAUUUUUGUUUUAUCCUAAGAUCUGAACAUCCCAAGGCAGCUUAACACAAUAAUUAGGGUCAAAUACAAUGAUAUCAUUGAAAAUACAAUGUAAUCUAUAUUCAGUCUAACUGCUCACAACGUCUACAUUAAACCUAAAAUAAUCAUUAAUAAAGUUGGGAAAGGUUUAAGCAAAUUACAGGAGUGUUUAUAGUGAGCUGAGUUUACACAAAUCUUGUAAACUUACAUGACACAAGCUUUCUUUCUCAUGAGCAUUUCCGUGUACGUAAUUUUUUUUUGUUGCCUAGAACGCCAUCUGCUGUUAUAAAGCUAAUCGCAGAAUUGAUUUAAAAAUAGAAUUUUACAAAUAUUUCAAUCUAUUUCUCUAAUUAUUUUUGCCACAGCUUUAAUGAAGACCAUCAUGUGCAAAUUGUCUUGGGCAAAUUUUCCUUGGGCUCAGUCCCUUUAUAAAUCAGGGGCCGCCACAGUCGAAUGAACCUCCAACUUAUCCAGAAUUUUUUUUACACAGUGGAUGUCACCCGAAAUCACGACAUUGCAAAAAAAAACUAUUAUAGAAAAUAUUUGAACAGCUCAAGUAAAAUUGUAAUAAAAUAAAUACUGUAAAAUCUUAUAUAUAUUGUCAUAACAAAAGCAAGAUUUGCAAGGUCGUAGUAAAUUAUUGUAAAAAGUACCUGUGUAAGUUUUCUGCAUAAUUGAAGUUUCACAAACUAAUUUCAAAAUAAAUUUAAUUCGGCUGCUCUCUCAUCAGUAAUCAUCCGCAAGCCAAUCAGAUUAUUCCAAACUCACUAUAAAUAUCCCGUCUAGCAUUACUCCCUUAUCUUUGUUUUUGAAGAAUCCCCCAUCUUACCUAUCUCCUUCUUUUCAUCCUUUACCAAGGGGAUCUCUUGAGAACUACCAGAUCUUGUACCCCCCUUAUAUGCUCAUCAACCAGGCGGGAACCCUGGGCUCAAUUAUUUCUGAGUUCAGGGUUCUCUCUUGGGACAGCAUGCCAAACCUGCUAUCAUUAUCAAGCAAUACCUUUCAAGAGUGUAGACUCUUGAAAUUGUUAUGAUAAACAAACAUUUGUGAUCGAUGUUCUUAUUGUCGUGAAAUUGGUCCGAAAUUCAUUUGUCGUUAAACAAAUUUUCAUAAAAUUACAAAAUUCCUAAAAAAA